CAAAAACACAAAUAAUACAUAGACUUAAAGAGGAUGGGUGAUAUAUUUAAUAAUUUGUGCCGUGCUUGUAAUACCCAGCAGAAUGAUCUUUUAAGCAUAUUUAACGCCCAGUUAACGGAAGCCUCUACAACAAUUCUGGAGAUGCUUGAGUAUUGUACACCGUUUUCAGUGGAAAAUUCAAAAAUGUGCCCAGAUUACAUCUGUUACAACUGUGUCAAACGCUUGGAAAUAUCAUACCACUUCUUAAAAAGAUAUAAAUUGGCACAACAAGAGUUUGAAGUAUCUCAUAAGCUUUUACAUGAGAAAGGAAACAUUGACAAUACGCAGCAAACAACACUCCCUCAUAAAGAUGAAAUGUACGAGGAGUACUUUGGAAAAGCAUCCAUCGUACAAUACACAGUCGCCUUAAAAAACGAUCUCGUCGCCAAAAACACAGAAUCUACAACAAAUUUACCGCCAGCAGCAGAUGUAAAUGAACUAUGCCCUCUGUGUGGUAAAACGUUUUUUACCGAAAAAGCAUUAAAUUUGCACUUAAAAAUCUUCCAUAAACAAAAACAUACGACUUCUUUAGCUUAAAUGACAUUU